UGAACAAAGACAGAAACAAGCUUGAAAAAAUGACGACACGGAGGAUGCUGUCUAAAACAUUGGAACAUUUGAGUUCUGGGGAGCUUGAGGAAUUCUGCCUACAUGUUGAAUUGGAGAAAGGUGUCCCCCUCCUCUCAGAACUCGAUCUAAAAUCAAUAGACUCAGAGAAAAUAGAGGAGCUGAUGGUGAAGAGAUGCAGCGAGGAGGAGUGUGUGAAGUUGACCAGAAAUAUCUUAAAGAAGAUGAACAGGACUGAUCUCGUGAAGAGAUUGUUUGAUGACAGACGGGAGUCCGAAGAAGAACACUCUAUGGAUGAAGAGCCGCUUUCACUGACCCAGAGGGUGGAAAAGAUGACAUCUGUUAUAGAACUGCUUGUGGAAAUCAUGGCUUGCCUAACAGAAAACCAGUGUGAGGAAUUCAAGCAGUUGAUCAGAUAUGAAGACUACGAAACAUAUAAUUCAUACAACCCUCGUUUGCUGUGGCAGACAAACCAUCAGGACAUUGCGUAUGUUACAGUUUUGACUUUUGGUCAAAACUCUGUUGUGAAGACGAUGAAGAUUUUAAAGACGAUGAACAGAACAGAUCUGGUGCAGAAGUUGUUGGAGACCAGCUCAAGUUUCAAAAAGAAACCCUCAGAUGAACCACGCUCUGUCCUGUUGGAGAAAGCAGCAACAAUUGCAGCUGUUAAAGACCUGCUUUUGGAAAUCCUGCAUUCUUUAAAUAACGGGGAGCUCCAGAAAUUCAAGAAGUUUCUGCCGUUGGCCUUUCGAAAGGACUCCAAAGACAUCUCACAUUUACUGAGACACUCAAACGAGCGUACAGUAAUAUUGGAUGUGAUGGUGCAGACCUACGGGCGACAGUCUGUGGAUGAGACCAGAAAGAUUUUAAAGAAGUUGCACAGAGAUGAUCUCGUCCAGAUGUUUUCAGAGACUAGCUCAGAACCCAAAGUGGAUGAGCAUCAACCUCCAGUCUUUGAAAAAACGGUAAAGGAAGAUGUGAAACAUGUUCUUUCGGAAACAUUGAGUGGUUUGAAACUUAAGGAGUUUGAGAAAUUUAAGUGGGUGCUGCAGCUCACAUACUUCCAGAGGAGUUUUACACGAAUCCAGUGGCACAACAUGGAGUGGGCAACAACUCCAGAUGAACUGGUGCAUCUGAUGGUGAUGAACCAGCAGCCUGUGGAGGUGACCAAAGAGGUUUUAUUGGACAUGAACAGGACUGAUCUAGUUGAGAGGCUGAUGGGGACAGACUCAGGACUUCAAGAAGAACACUCUAUGGAUGAAGAGCCGCUUUCACUGACCCAGAGGGUGGAAAAGAUGACAUCUGUUAUAGAACUGCUUGUGGAAAUCAUGGCUUGCCUAACAGAAAACCAGUGUGAGGAAUUCAAGAAGUUGAUCAGAUAUGAAGGCUACAAAACAUAUAAUUCAUACAACCCUCGUUUGCUGUGGAAGACAAACCAUCAGGACAUUGCGUGUGUUACAGUUUUGACUUUUGGUCAAAACUCUGUUGUGAAGACGAUGAAGAUUUUAAAGAGGAUGAACAGAACUGAUCUGGUGCAGAAGUUGUUGAAGACCAGCUCAAGUUUCAAAAAGAAACCCUCAGAUGAACCACGCUCUGUCCUGUUGGAGAAAGCAGCAACAAUUGCAGCUGUUAAAGACCUGCUUUUGGAAAUCCUGCAUUCUUUAAAUAACGGGGAGCUCGAGAAAUUCCAGAAGUUUCUACUGUCGGCCUUUCAAACGGACUCCAAAGACAUCCCAUAUUUACUGAGACACUCAAACGACCGUACAGAAAUAUUGGAUGUGAUGGUGCAGACCUACGGGCGACAGUCUGUGGAUGAGACCAGAAAGAUUUUAAAGAAGUUGCACAGAGAUGAUCUCGUCCAGAUGUUUUCAGAGACUAGUUCAGAACCCAAAGUGGAUGAGCAUCAACCUCCAGUCUUUGAAAAAAUGGUAAAGAAAGAUGUGAAACAUGUUCUUUCGGAAACAUUGAGUGGUUUGAAACUUAAGGAGUUUGAGAAAUUUAAGUGGGUGCUGCAGCUCACAUACUUCCAGAGGAGUUUUACACGAAUCCAGUGGUACGACAUGGAGUGGGCAACAACUCCAGAUAAACUGGUGCAUCUGAUGGUGAUGAACCAGCAGCCUGCGGAGGUGACCAAAGAGGUUUUAUUGGACAUGAACAGGACUGAUCUAGUUGAGAGGCUGAUGGGGACAGACUCAGGACUUCAAGAAAUCCACCAUAACAUCACUUUAUUGGACACUUCGGCAAACAUUGAGAGGCUUACGAAAUAAAGAGCACAAGCUAUUCAAGCAACACCUGCUGCAAAUCACCCAACAAAAAGGCCUCC